AUGGGUCGACUCGACCGGAGUGAUACCCGUGGAUACCACGGCCUCACGGAAAACCGGCGUGGUAAAGGAUACUCCAAAAUAAAGCGCGCACCAGCUUACACGUUUGGUAAAGUUUUGAAACCUUGUUGCGCUCCAGCGGUUUCACCCAAUGCACCGAUGAUCGAUAUAAGCGGGAACAGUAAAAAAGGGACUCAUAAAAUACCAGGAGGUUUAAUGAUGCUUAAUACGGAACUGCCGGGGGAUAAGCUGAAGGUACCAGGGCCUGGUGCUCACGAUCCCAAAUUAUACGUGCAGGUCAAGCGCCUACCAGCGUACAGCUUGCGGCUUGCAGCUAAGCCUGCAUACCAGCCGUUGGAUUCCUGGACUCCACCACCCAAUAUGUACUGUCCUCCCAUUCCAAAACCAAAACCACCAUCAUUCAGUUUUCGGUACAAAACCGAGGUAGAACAUAUCAGCAACGUACCUGGUCCAGGUGAACACAACCCUAAUCAUGAUUACGUUAAAAAGAGGAAGCCUGCAUUCUCUUUUGGGCCUCCGUUCAGACCAGAACGUGGCACAGAAUUUACUCCUGCGCCUAACACUUACUGCGAAAAGAAGUUCAUGGUAAAUAAGCCAAAUGUACCUGCUCCUAGCUUUGGCAUCAGACAUAGUCCCUUCGUAAGAAAACUAAGAAUAUGCCUGAAGCCUUCCGACCUCGAAAUGCGUAUCCGGCAAUAUUAA